UCCGGGAGAGCCUGGCGUCCUGGCCACCGCCCGCUUGCAGCUGCCAGCCCUCCAGGGCCGCGGAGCCUGUGAGCGCGCAGGCCAGGCCGCAGUCCAGCGUCUGCGCAGCUCGGGCCACCGCCGGCCACCAUGGGGGCGUCGGGGCGGCUGCUGCGCGCCGUGAUCAUGGGGGCCCCGGGCUCCGGCAAGGGCACCGUGUCGUCACGCAUCACCAAACACUUCGAGCUGAAGCACCUCUCCAGCGGGGACCUGCUCCGCCAGAACAUGCUGCAGGGCACAGAAAUCGGUGUGUUGGCCAAGACUUUCAUUGACCAAGGAAAGCUCAUCCCAGAUGAUGUCAUGACUCGGCUGGCCCUUCAUGAGCUCAAAACCCUUACCCAGUGUAGCUGGCUGUUGGAUGGAUUUCCAAGGACACUUCCACAGGCAGAAGCCCUGGAUAAAGUGUAUCAGAUAGACACAGUGAUAAAUCUCAACGUGCCCUUUGAGGUCAUUAAACAACGCCUUACUGCUCGCUGGAUACAUCCUGCCAGUGGUCGAGUAUACAACAUUGAAUUCAACCCUCCCAAGACUGUGGGCAUUGAUGACCUGACUGGAGAACCUCUGAUUCAGCGCGAGGAUGACAAACCAGAGACAGUGAUCAAGAGACUAAAGGCUUAUGAAGCCCAGACAGAGCCAGUCCUGCAGUAUUACCAGAAAAAAGGGGUGUUGGAAACAUUCUCCGGCACAGAAACCAACAAGAUCUGGCCCCACGUAUACUCCUUCCUACAGACGAAAGUUCCAGAAACUACCCAAAAAGCUUCUGUUACUCCCUGAGGAGGGCAGCGAUUGGCAGGAUGAGGCAGGGCCGCCUCUCCUAUUUUUGCCUCUGUAUUUCGAAGCUCUUUUCCUAAGACGUCUCUAAAAAUUAUGAUUUACUCCUAAUGGCUAAGCCAAAUGAGUCAGAUACUUAGCCUGAUCUGUUAAAAUAGUCUAAUAUGUUUAAUCUAGGAUCUAGUUGUCUUCUGUGGACGUGCAAUUCCAAAACGUCAGAGAUGUUGAAACAAACUCAGAGCACAAUUAAAACAGCACCUGGUGACAUCUAGCCUUCUGUUCAGUUAGUCAAAGUGGUUGAUCAUAUUUUCACAUUUUUUUCUGGAAAUGUUCAAAUAAAUGUAUCACUCGAGGCAGAUAAAUAUCUCACCAGAGGCUUUUCCAUAAGCCAAUGCCCACUGCAAUUCAGGAAGAUGUUUUCUAGCCUGAAGGGCUUCGGUACUAGAAGACACUGUCUAUAGAUUCCAGAAAGAAAGCAACAGGCUUUACAGGUGUUGCUAAAUGUAAAUUCACUGUGGCCUUUACAGGAAAAGCCAGGGAGGGCACAGGCCGUCGUGCUGUGUGUCCUCUACAUAUUCAAUCUGCUAUGAAAAUCCAGCCACUGGCACUUAGGGACAUGUGACUUGGAUAUGGACUGAGGUGUAUGACUUAGGUUAACUGACUGAAGUUCUAGGAGGAGCACUGGUACUGACAAUAGCAUUAAGUCCUAAGUUCUCCCAUGUCACUCAGGGUGAGGACCAAGUUUUAGGACCUGUUUGUUUCCCUCUUUGAUUCAAAUGGUCUGUCUGCCUUGAUGAGCGAGACAGUAAACAGAAAACUAAAGGGUGACACAACACCCAUGGGAGUUUGCCACUGUGCGAGUAGACGGAACGUGCUGGGGACAGCUCCUCAGCAGAAAGACUAAUCAACUACACAACAGGUGUAGUAAUAGGAUUUUGCAUGGUGGGUUCCAAAGCACUGUAAGGGAGUUCCCUUAAGAACGUUAUACCUGUGUUGAAGUUCUAAAUGAAAGAUUCUCUUGUCUCAGCCUCUCUCAAGUGCUGGGAUCACUGUGUACUACCACUUCCCACCCUAAUAAAGGGAAUCAAGUCUUCUGGUACCAUCUACGCAGCCUCCUCUAAUACUUACAGCACUGGGAUUCAAUCCAGCCUGUGUGCUGGGCAAGCAUCUUAUACUGUGGUUUAUCUUCAGCCCUUUUUGUUGCUGCUGUUGGUGGUGGUGGUUCAGUUCUGUUGUUUUGACAGCAUCUCACUGUGUAGUUCAACUAGACUGUCCUGAACUAUGUAGACAAGCUGGUUUCAAACUUAGAGAGAUCACCCGUUUCUGCCUCCCAAGGGCUGAGGUUAAAGGUGUGCACCACCACCACACCCAGGCUGGCUUUAGAUUAUUAUAUAGUCCAAACUGGCCUCACACUCUCUUGGUUUAGUCUCCCGAGUGCUUAAAUUACAAGUGUGUACCACUAAACCAACCCUAAGAACCCAUUUUAAAAUGUCAGUCACUUUACAUUUCUUAGUGGGGCAAGAACCCGUCUUUACAUAUUGUGGCCCGAAGGGACAAAAUAUGAGAAGUUCAAUGAAAAGACAAUUCCCCCUUUCAGGAAAAAGAUGUUCUCUUAUUUUACUUGGUGCUAAAUCUAAGAAUCAAGUCUUUGUUCGAGCCUUUGAAGUUUUGGCCUAUUUUAUUUCAGAAAGCAAAUGGUUCUUAUAUAUUUGGGAGUGGGAAGGAAUCUUUGAUUUUUAAAUUUCACUGUUGAUCUUUCAAAUGGACUAGGCCUUAGGACUACAAUGAACAACUUNGUCCUUUGUCAAAGUUUCUCUACUGCCUUAUUUGGAUGUUGAUAACCACUUCCUAAACACUGUUGUGAAUUACCUAACCCUAGGACUGAUCUGCAGCGAUCUCAGCACUGUGGCUGCUGCCCUUCGCCCCUGGCCCUUCACAAACCCGUCCUAUCUGCUGCNACAAUGUCUCACUGGCUUCUUUCUAAUAAAUGGUCUUCAAACAAUA